UGUCACUUAUGAUUGUCAUUGUCAACUUGAAGUUAAAUGUAGGCGCCAAUAAGUGAAAUAUUAUUUUAAAAAUCCAAUUUUAGUUAUAACUUGGUUAUAACAAUUUUUAAAUAGCAAUGUCUGAAGAAGAUCAGACAGAUGUAGAUAAUACAUCUGAUUUAUUCGAAGACAGCGAUGACUUAAUUGAAAAUGAUCUUCAAUCUGCAGAGGUUGCUGAUUCUGAACAAAGUAUCAUCCAAGAUUCGGAGGUCGUGAAUUCUGAAAAUUCAAUUAUCUCAGAGAAAAAGACGCCAACCGUAAAUAAAGUAGAAAUUGUCCGUUCAACAAAGCUUCCUAUUGGGCGAAUCAAAAAUAUUAUGAAAAUGGAUCCAGACGUCAGUGUAGUAAACGCUGAAGCGGUGUUUUUAGUUACAAAAGCAACGGAAAUGUUCUUGGAGACAAUUGCGAAAGAAACUUACGCGUACACAGUGCAGCACAAAAGAAAAACUAUAAAUAAGAAAGACCUCGAUGUAAUAAUUAAUAAGGUUGAUUGCCUUUGCUUUUUGGAAGGUGCUAUGGACUUCUGAGAUCUGCUACAGAUUAACCAAUUUAUGAUUUUCCUUCAACAUAUUUUGCUUUAGCAACUAAAUGUAGUUUCAUAAGUAUGAAUUAGUGUAUAUAAGAAAUUAUUUUUUCUAGAAAGUCUAUAACUUGCUAAAUAUUUUCACUAAUAAUAAAGCUCACAUAAGAAAUAAAAAACAAAAUUCUUUAGAACAUAAAACAAUAACAUCAUAAGGUUGACUCUUGUAUUUGUAAUUUCAAACUUGUGAAAAGUAUGUGUUCACUUUAGUCUGUGUGAAGAAAAUAGUGACUCAUCGCUGUUACUUGGUUUAGCCAUGUCCCUAUGGCCUAUAACUCAUAUCUGAAGGUUCUAGUUUACUAAUCUAUAGUUAUUAUUACUGUAAUGUAAAAAAUGUACAUAUAAAUAAAUAAAAUAUUUUUUUGCA